AUUUCGCUUCUCCAGCUCGGAAUCCUCGAUGCUCCUCCUUUUUCCGCUUCGUUCCAGCGAGGAUGCUGGGGAAUCUCGCCGGCCUGGCGGUGCCCUUCCUCCUCUUCAUGGAGGAUGUCGUGUGGCAGCGCCUGGCGCGCGACUACGUGGAGGAGGAGGCGACCUCCCGCGACUACGUCGUGGACUCGUCCGGCCCGAGAGGAGGUAGCCGCGCCUUCAGGGCUCUGGGGAAGAAUCCGGUUCUGGAGUUCGCCGAUCGUCCCUCGCGAAGGAACGGAGAGAAAUGCUAUCCCCCGUAUGGAUGCUUCUCGACGGACUAUCCGUGGACGUCGCAGCGGCCGCUGGCUUUACACCCGGAACCUCCUUCGGUCAUCAGACCGGUCUUCUGCCUCUACACCCGCCGAAACCCCAAAGACUGCCACCCCUUGAAGACGAACGAGACUUCGAGGCUGAGGGAAUCCCCGUUCGACCCUUCGCAUCCCGUCACGCUGCUCACUCACGGCUUCCUCGAGCACGGACGGAAGCGGUGGCUGCUGGUUCAGACCUCCAUCCUCCUCUCUCUCGUUCCAUCCCCGCUCGACAUUCACUUUCCCACUGAAAUGCAGGAAGUCGCGGAGGAGCUGCUGAAGGCGAGAGACCAGAACGUCGUGGCGUUGAGCUGGCUCGGGGGAACCGGACCGCCCUACAACCAAGCGAUUGCCAAUGCCAGGCUCGUCGGUGUCAUGGCCGCACAUUUCCUUCUCUUUCUCGCCAGGGAGGCGGGGACGCGAAUUGAGGAUGUACACGUGGUGGGUCACAGUCUGGGAGCUCACCUGGUCUCCCACAUUGGAUCCUCGAUCAAGGACCUGGCAAAAAGGAAACUGGGUCGAAUCACUGGGAUCGACCCGGCUGGACCCCUUUUCGAAAAUGCGGAUCCGCGCGUGAGACUGGAUCCGGAGGAUGCCCUCUUCGUGGAUGUCAUUCACACCAAUGGGGCUCCCCUCGCAACAGGAGGAUUGGGGUUGUCUCAGCCGUUGGGUCACGUGGACUUCUAUCCCAAUUCGGGGACCCACAUGCCAGGAUGCAAACUCACAUUUGAGGAAGCUCUCGAAAUGGAGAACGGUUCUGUCGUCGAUGGUAUGAGACUAUUCGUGGGUUGCAACCACAUGAGGGGCAUCGACUACUUCAUCGAAUCCAUCAAUUCUCUUUGCCCUUUCCUCGCUUUUGAGUGUUCCAAUUAUGCCGAGUACACGCGAGGAGGCUGUGCGAGUUGUGGCCAAAGGGGAGAGAAGUGUGGAAGAAUGGGAUAUCAUGCCAAAGAAGCCUGGAAACCGGAUUUCUACGAAGGGGAAUCCCGGAAAUUCUACCUCCUCACCGGCCGUCGUCAUCCAUACUGCCGGGUGACCCACAAGGUGACGGUGGUCGUGGCGGAUCACCAGAUCUCAGACGACCAUGAAGACGGUGUCGGCAGUUUUUACAUCACUCUUCAUGGAUCUCGUGGCUCUUCCUCUAGUUCGCGACUCGGAGAUGAGGAAUUGCAUUUCAAGCCAGGCCAGGGAUUCAGUUUCCUCAUUCCAUCCCAGGAGAUCGGAGAAAUCGAUGAGAUUCUCUUGAAAUGGAAACACGGAGGAACGAACGAUAAUAGGCGGUCGCUCCCUCAAUCCAAGAUAAUCAUCGACCAAGUCAUCGUUCACACCCUCGAGCACAACGCCACGGCGAGUUUCUGCGGCCGCGGAAGUGAGUUGGCGUCCGGGGAGGAGGUGGCGAUGAGACGGGAUGACAGUCGAGGAUGUCUGGAGAAACCCUUGCCCGAGGAAAACCUCAUUUCGGAGAAAGUCACCCCACCGACAAGGAAGACGAUGAGACGAGGAAAGUCGUUGGCAGAAGUCGAGGGAUUCCGAUUUAAACCCCCGGCGAGCACGGGCGACGUUCUUGCCUUGCUUCUCUGCGGCGGGAGCCUGCCUUCUGGCCAGAAAUGGGUAAAAAUCCAGAUUUCAAGGUAA